AUGCGAAGCGUUCGCGCGAAGGGCUGCAAGCAACCUCUAAGAAGAAACUUUACUCUUCCGCAGCUCUUUACUAACUGCUGUCGGGAUGCCGCCUCUACAAUUACUUCGCCAGCCGCCUUCUCGCUGGCGAAGAUCCUGGAGGCGACGUCGGCCGUGUCGGCCCAGGUGGAGGAGCUCGCCACCAAGUGCUCGGAGAACGCCCGGUUCCUCAGAACAUGGCGGGACCUGCUGAGGGAGGGGUACGAGUCCCUGAAGCCCAGCGGCUGACCCUGCCCCCGCGGCCGCUCGGCCGGGUCGCGGGGGGGUCACGCACACCCCGCUUGUGUCGGACUGGAGCGCGGGGGUUUUUGAACCACCGUUUUUAGGGAGUUCGCGUGGGUUUUUGUUUUCCCUCAGCAGCUCCCCGUGAGCCCGCGGUUCUUUCAGAAAUACUUGCCGACUUGUAUGGAUGUCGUGUGUGAGUCACCGAGCAAAAUAACUUUGUUUAGGGAAUCGGUUGUGAUUUUUAGACUCUUCUGUUGCAGCUCAAGCGAUCUCGUAAAUGAAACGCUCUCCCCCCUUUUUCGUUUUCCUUGUCAAUGCGGUGGAUGCCAAGUUCGUAUGUGUGGUGCGUCCAGAGCUCGUUACAGGUGAGGAAGUGGCGUCCUGCAAGGACGUAUCGUCAGCCCUUCUUUUCAAGAGCUGCCACCAGCGGAAACCCUGCCACCUCCAGAGAAACUUGCUGAACUAACUUCAGUUUUUCUCUAUGCACACUUUUUCUUCGUGUUGAGGAUGGGAUAACAUGGCAAGCCCUGUAUCCCAAACCUUACUAUUUUUAGCAGUGUUGCAAUAUAUUUCUGUGAAGCUGCAGACUUUUUGCAAGAUGUUUGAUUACUGCAAACAAUUUUACGCUAUCUUUUGUUGUAAUAAAGUGCCUUGUGAUGGACCAUAUACCUCUGCAUGACAGAAGUUUAACAAACAAACAGCAUUGUUUUAUACUGAUAGGAUGGAUUAUUUUGAACUGUAAGUAAAAGCUUCCAUCAGUUACAAAAGAAUCUGUGAAACGCAUUAUCCCAUGUCUCGGGAGGCACAUCAGACCUUUUUCAGCCUUUGGUCCUAUUUUAUAUCUUUGCCUUAAGCAGUUGCUAGUUAGUUAGUCUAGACCUUAUUGUUAACAGAACCUUUUGGUCUGAAAGAUCGCUAAUGUGUAGUAAAUAGCUGUACUGAAACUCCUGUAUCUUUACCAGAGCAAUGUGAAAAAAAGUAAUGCUGAAAUGCAGUGGGAGGCUGCAGAAGAACAUGGUUGUACCAUGAUUUGUUAGUCAGCCUUAUUUUUACCGGUAGAAGGACUUUUUAAAAGGCAAACUGUAGUUUUCUUAUCGAAACAAUAAAGAUGUACAAAAAAUUCUGAAAUAAUGAAUAUUCUUGUGUUACUCAUAGAAACAAAGAUGACAUUGAAUGUAUCCAUAAUCAACUUAAGUGAAAAACAGAAGUAAUGGUAAGGACAG